UUGGUAUUGUGCAGUUUGUAGUGAGGAUGGCGCUGUGGUCUUGCUCUCAGAGUCUUGGCUCGGCUGAGGAGGAUGAGAAACGGGGACUGACUCUUACAUCUUUGCAGCGCCUGUCGGAAACGCAGGCCCAUGGUCAAGGGAUUGAAUUAAUCUGUCAAAAACAAAAAGAGUUUGUGAAGAACUCUGUAGAAUCCAAAUGGAAUCUAGUGGAAGCCCAGCAGAAACUUGAUAGUUUAGCACUGCAUAAUUCAGAAUCCAUGGAUCAGGAAUAUGCCAAAGCACAGACUGAAGCUUCAGAACUGAGAGAGAGAGAGGAAGAGUGGAGAAGAAAAGAAGAAGCACUAAUACAAAGGGAAAGACAGAAUCUAUGGAAUACAGAUUCUGUUAGUAAGGAGGUAUUUAAUAAGAGUUUUAUUAGUCAAAAUAAAAGAAAAGUAGAAGAUGAAGACAUAUCUAAAUCAUUUAUGCAGAAGUAUGAACAAAAGAUUAGAUACUUUGGUAUGCUGGGCAGAUGGGAUGACAGUCAAAGAUUUUUGUCUGACCACCCGUAUCUUGUAUGUGAAGAAACAGCUAAGUAUCUCAUCUUAUGGUGUUUCCAUCUAGAAGCUGAACAGAAAAGAGCUCUGAUGGAACAAAUAGCACACCAAGCAGUUGUAAUGCAGUUUAUUAUAGAAAUGGCCAAAAGUUGUAAUGUGGAUCCAAGAGGCUGUUUUCGUCUAUUUUUCCAAAAAGCCAAAACAGGGGAAGAAGGCUAUUUGGAAGCUUUUAAAACUGAGCUUGAAGCAUUCAAAUCAAGAGUGAGAAUCUGUUCACGGUCACAAGGCUUUGAAGCUAUUUCAGUACAGAAUCCCAGUGACUAUACUGGUUUUGUAGAAGGGCUGGAGUCUUUGUCACAGAAUGCAGAUGGUCUACAAGGUUGCAUAAACACAAGUUUCUGCAAUUUAAACUCAAUGGUACAAAAAGAUGAAGAACCCAAAAUGAUGGACACAGUAUAGCGCUGUUAAGACUGAGGCCAAGUACUCUUUUUAUUACAAAGAAAAGAACGUGGCUAUUUUCUUGACAUGUUUUUAUGGGUACUGCACUUUAUUUUUGGUGCUUUGAGGGAGGAUUUGGAGGAAAGGUAAUCCAGAAAUACUUGUAACGCUAUUUGAAAAUGUGCUGCUAGGUUUUUUGGUUGUCUAUGGAGAGUGGGGUUCUCAUUGCCAAAUGUGAAAAUUGAUGUGUUUUACGCUACUAAAUUUGCCUUUCAUGAUUUUGGGAAUUAAAGUAUGAAAAAGAAAUCUGCACAAAUACAAUGUUUACAAAAAGUGGUAGAUUUUUGGUGGAAUCUGCUAUUGCCUCUUAUUAGACAUGGACAUGUCUUAUUCUAUGAAUACUGGAGAUCGCAAUUAUACUCCUGUUAUAUUGCUGGUAUAGCUCUCAAAACUGGUUUCAUCAUUAAUAGCAAUAAAUUAGUAUGAUAUCA